GCUCUCACACUUCACACAGACUAGGUUACAUUCAUACACACAGCUCUCACACUUCACACAGACUAGGUUACAUUCAUACACACAGCUCUCACACUUCACACAGACUAGGUUACAUUCAUGCUCUCACACUUCACACAGACUAGGUUACAUUCAUACACACAGCUCUCACACUUCACACAGACUAGGUUACAUUCAUGCUCUCACACUUCACACAGACUAGGUUACAUUCAUACACACAGCUCUCACACUUCACACAGACUAGGUUACAUUCAUGCUCUCACACUUCACACAGACUAGGUUACAUUCAUACACACAGCUCUCACACUUCACACAGACUAGGUUACAUUCAUACACACAGCUCUCACACUUCACACAGACUAGGUUACAUUCAUGCUCUCACACUUCACACAGACUAGGUUACAUUCAUACACACAGCUCUCACACUUCACACAGACUAGGUUACAUUCAUACACACAGCUCUCACACUUCACACAGACUAGGUUACAUUCAUACACACAGCUCUCACACUUCACACAGACUAGGUUACAUUCAUGCUCUCACACUUCACACAGACUAGGUUACAUUCAUACACACAGCUCUCACACUUCACACAGACUAGGUUACAUUCAUACACACAGCUCUCACACUUCACACAGACUAGGUUACAUUCAUGCUCUCACACUUCACACAGACUAGGUUACAUUCAUACACACAGCUCUCACACUUCACACAGACUAGGUUACAUUCAUACACACAGCUCUCACACUUCACACAGACUAGGUUACAUUCAUACACACAGCUCUCACACUUCACACAGACUAGGUUACAUUCAUACACACAGCUCUCACACUUCACACAGACUAGGUUACAUUCAUACACACAGCUCUCACACUUCACACAGACUAGGUUACAUUCAUACACACAGCUCUCACACUUCACACAGACUAGGUUACAUUCAUACACACAGCUCUCACACUUCACACAGACUAGGUUACAUUCAUACACACAGCUCAUACACUUCACACAGACUAGGUUACAUUGAUACACACAGCUCAUACACUUCACACAGACUAGGUUACAUUGAUACACACAGCUCUCACACUUCACACAGACUAGGUUACAUUCAUACACACAGCUCAUACACUUCACACAGACUAGGUUACAUUGAUACACACAGCUCUCACACUUCACACAGACUAGGCUACAUUGAUACACACAGCUCUCACACUUCACACAGACUAGGUUACAUUCAUACACACAGCUCUCACACUUCACACAGACUAGGUUACAUUCAUACACACAGCUCAUACACUUCACACAGACUAGGUUACAUUGAUACACACAGCUCUCACACUUCACACAGACUAGGUUACAUUCAUACACACAGCUCUCACACUUCACACAGACUAGUCUACAUUCAUACACACAGCUCUCACACUUCACACAGACUAGUCUACAUUCAUACACACAGCUCUCACACUUCACACAGACUAGUCUACAUUCAUACACACAGCUCUCACACUUCACACAGACUAGUCUACAUUCAUACACACAGCAUGCUGGUAGUUAACGUGACCUGGAGAAACAAGACCUAUGUCGGCACCCUCCUGGACUGCACCAGACACAACUGGGCCCCGCCAAGCACCACAGAGCAGGCUGAGCCUUUUAUAGACUUCUCUACUAAACACCCCACCGGUGACUCAUCACAGCCAGCCUGUAAAGAGACUGCUAAGCAAAACAUUAUACACCCAACCUCAGCCACAGCCACAGCCAGGGGCCUAUAUCCCAACCUCAGCCCCAGCUUCCUCUAUAAUGCCACAGCCACAGCCAGGGGCCACUAUCCCAACCUCAGCCACAGCUUCCUCUAUAAUGCCACAGCCACAGCCAGGGGCCACUAUCCCAACCUCAGCCCCAGCUUCCACUAUAAUGUCAUAGCCACAGCCAGGGGCCCCUAUCCCAACCUCAGCCCCAGCUUCCUCUAUAAUGCCACAGCCACAGCCAGGGGCCACUAUCCCAACCUCAGCCCCAGCUUCCACUAUAAUGUCAUAGCCACAGCCAGGGGCCCCUAUCCCAACCUCAGCCCCAGCUUCCACUAUAAUGCCACAGCCACAGCCAGGGGCCUCUAUCCCAACCUCAGCCCCAGCUUCCACUAUAAUGUCAUAGCCACAGCCAGGGGCCACUAUCCCAACCUCAGCCCCAGAGCUUCCACUAUAAUCCACAGCCAGGGGCCCCUAUCCCAACCUCAGCCCCAGAGCUUCCACUAUAAUGCCAUAGCCACAGCCAGGGGCCCCUAUCCCAACCUCAGCCCCAGCUUCCUCUAUAAUGCCACAGCCACAGCCAGGGGCCACUAUCCCAACCUCAGCCCCAGCUUCCUCUAUAAUGCCAUAGCCACAGCCAGGGGCCCCUAUCCCAACCUCAGCCCCAGCUUCCACUAUAAUGCCACAGCCACAGCCAGGGGCCCCUAUCCCAACCUCAGCCCCAGCUUCCACUAUAAUGCCAUAGCCACAGCCAGGGGCCCCUAUCCCAACCUCAGCCCCAGAGCUUCCACUAUAAUGCCAUAG